AUGUCCAGCCUCGUUCAGUUGCAGAAGAAUUUCCUGUCUUCCCCGAAGUACGCUGUCGUGGGCGCUUCGAAGGACCAGACCAAGUAUGGGACCAAGGUUUUGAAGUGGUAUCAGGCAAGAAGCAAGGACGUCACUCCUAUCCACCCGAAAGAGGACGAGCUCGAGGGCCUUAAGACGAUCCGCGCCGUGAGCGAUCUGUCCGCACCCACGGAAACGUCUAUCAGCAUCAUCACCCCUCCGAAGGUGACUCUCGGAGUGCUUGAGCAAGCCAAGGCUCUCGGCGUUCCCGCACUCUGGCUCCAGCCCGGCGCAGAGGACGCGGCAGUCAUUGCAUAUGUCAAGGAGAACGGCCUGGAAGACAAGGUCAUCUACGGCGGGCCGUGCAUCCUCGUCGAGGGCGAUAGUAUCAUCAGCAGCCUCUGA